AAGGCCACAAGCUCAAUGCUAGUAGUCUACUACCAUGUUUGCAGAACAGGAGAAGGGUAAAAACAAGUGAAAAACAUUUUUCAUUCGAUUUUUUUUUUCUUUUUCUUACUAAACACAGUUUAACCAAAUCUCACAAGAAAGACGCACGAACCUUUCUAGUUCAGCUACAAAGGAUCAGAAACGUUGGUUUGGGCGUAGGUUCUUGUCACUAUCAAGAUUCUUUUCUUUUUUGGGGUGGUUUUUCGGUGCGGGGGAUUUCAUUUCACGCUGAUGCAAGGCUUCUCUUUGCUGUUCACGUCGGAGUGAAGCUCACAGACAAAGCGGGGCUUGGUGUCUCUCAACUGGUUAUGUCUUUUAGCAUUCGGUUUGACGUUGAUUCAUUCUUCACAUUCAUGCUAUUUAGUUUGGUUCUUUGCUGCCAUACCAUGAAGAUUUAACUUUGCAUCAUAUUGUUUGGCACUUGUAUUAAUUCAAUUUUUGUUUUCUAAUUGGUUCUAGAUAAGAUUUUCGUCUGAUGUUUAAUUGUAGAAAUUAAUGGUACUCCAAAGUAUUCGACAAUGAAGUUUGAGAAGGAAUGCUGGCAGCAGUUGUUUGUCAAAUGCAAGAACAAUUACUUAGUCAUGGUCAGACUAGAUGUAGCAGGAGAAAAACUCAUUAUAAACUUGGGGGAGGAGGAAUCCGGAAUAACUUUUUAUUGUUGAUAGCUAUGAAUUGCUGACAAUUUCUUCGAGCUGGUAGAGUUAGAUUCAAUUUUAUUUUCUGUCCAGAGAUUGGUUUCAUUCUCUUGUUGGCUGAUUCUAGCUGGCUGUAAGACAGUGAAAUGGAGACCACCAGGGAUUGGAGUUUUUUAUAAUGAGAAUAGGUUUUAUUUUUGAAUUUGUUAUCAGAUUAGUUGAAAAGUAAAACCAAUUUUGAUAUCUUGUUAUCAAAUGGAAAGAUACUUGAAUGAGGCUAUAAAAUACGAAAGGGUUAAGGAAACUAACUAAUUAUAUAAAUAAUGUUUGGUAAAAUAAGUUAUCAUGAUUGAACAUAUAAGAGAAGCAUAGUUACUAUUCGUAGGACCGUCACAUGUCAGCCCUUAAGAUAACUGUCAGAAUUUGGUUGGUUCAUCCUUAAUUUAAAAAUUUAAUAGGCUUAGAUUUUAACUAAGGCUUGGCUUGAUUGUGCAAUUGCCAUUUGCCUUUUGUUUUUUAUUCAUUAUUUAUGUUUUGCACAAAAAAGGUAAAAUAGCAAACAGUAAAAACAUUAACCAAACAAAGCUUAAAUAAUCCAGUUAAUGAUGUCUGAAAUGUUCAGCAUUUAGUUCCAUAAUGUAUCAACUGCCUUUAUUAUCCCACUUUGUGGUAUGCCCCUCUGAAUUUAGAUUACAAGAUUAUUUCUUGACAAUGACAUACCUAGAGGAGAAGUUGAUAUUGCACUCACAAAUUUGCUGGAAAAAAAAACGGUGUAAAAUUUACCCUCAGAGUCAUGGAUAGGAUGGAAUAUAUUACUGUGUGAAAAUCAAUCAUAAAAAGCUAAAAUACUCUUGAAAUCAAGAAAUAAGAAUGAAAUUUACCAUCGGAGCUAGUUUGGAAUCAUACUACACAAUAAGUGCAUACUUAUGUUAAAGCAAUGGUAGCUUUCUAGUUUUCUUAUAGGCUAGUACAACCGCAUCUUAUCUAUAAGGCUUGUAUUUGGAAAUGUUGAAAUUUAUCAUCACAUUUUAGCAGUAGCUGUAACUGACUUCAGGCGUAUGAGCUGUUUGAUAAAGAGGCAACUGUGGGGGGUGCAUGUAGAUAUCCGAACUUGUUGAGAUUGAUGAUCAGAUAUCCAAAUUUUUUGAAAUUGACUGAUUUUUCUGGAAGAUGUUUUCUUCCUUUUAUUAAUGUUAGAAGUAAGGGUACUGUACAUUAUUCCAGCAAAGUCUAUUUUUGUGUCUGUUCAAGUUGUGCCUCAUUUCCAACCAAAUUUUUUAACAGUUAUGAGAUAAAUGAAAAAGAAAGGAGGAAGAAAUAACUUUUUCCUCGGGAUGAAAUUAUUGACAGUAUUAUCAUCACAUCCAGGAUAUUUUUGAAAUCAGCUUGAUACUUGGUUUUGAAUCUUCAUUUCCCUCAAUACUAGCUGUCCUUGACCUUUUAUUUUUCCAAAAUUAUCUUUGCGUUUCUAUAAAUAUUGCAUUCUUUUGCAUAGUUGUGGUGCGUGCCUCAUGGAAUGAGGAUUAAUGCAGUGUGUCUAGACUGAUGGUAGAAAAUGUAGCAGAAAUGGCUUAAAAAUGUUUGAUGAAGAAGGCAAAAGGAUUUGGUAUUAAUUGUAAGGUUUAGAGUUGCAGAUGCAUGAUUUGAAUAUAUAAUAGCAUAUUUAUGAGUAAAGACUGUUACGCUCAUCCAUUAAGUUCAGACUCAAGAAUAAUAAAUGACAUGAGGAAUUUUUAGACAGUUCUCAAACUCAAAAGUGUAAUAUCCACAGCAAGAGCAGGGUUGGUUUUUUUCUUAUGCAUAUGCUUUAAGUUGAAAAACAAGAUGUAAAUCUGAAAUAUGUAUUCUGUUGUGAGUCAAGGCAAGUUGAACUCUUAAUUUAGUUGCAACCUCUCUACUAGAAAGUUACUUCCCUCUUCUUUGUGCGGUUGAAUUAAGUGUGUUACUAUCAAGCUUGAUUAAUAUGAUUCAAAAAAUGAGAGAUCUCUAGAAAUAUUAAAAGGAGUGCCUUUUUCAUGGUUCUGACAAUUUACAACAACCACAGAUCUAUCAAAUUUUGCUGUUAUUAUUGUCAUACCAUGUGUUUGUAUCAUGUAAUAUGGCUUUGAUUAUAAGAAUCCAGUUCCUAUUAGAAUUCUCAGGCUUAAGUCACACCAUUUACACCCAUCUUCAUGAUAACUCUCUGUGGCGCCCAGUAAAAAGUUCUUGUAAACUAAGGAAAGCAAUUUAAUUCUACUCAGAUAAAUUAGUUUGCCAUGAUAGCAGUCCUUUAAAUUUCAGGUGAAUGCGUUUUUUGAUUGACAAUGAAACCUGCCAUAACAUUAAUAUAAUCACAGUCUGAUGGCAAAGAUCUUUCCUCAUGCUUGUGUCCGCAUUUCAAAUAGAAAAGUUACAAUUCAUAACAAUUUAAUGUAAUAAUAGAGGUCAGCAAUUAUUACCAAUUCUAAUGUGGUCAUUAUUUGUUACCAAUUCUUAAACUUAUAUUAAAUUGCUUGCUUUAUUGUGGUAAAUUUGCGGCCAGGUUUCUGGUACCAGAAAUAGGGUGCUCAAAGCACUGUAUAUGAAUCCUGUAGUUCUACUUGUAGUUUGGGUUGUAGGGUAAGUUGAGCACUUAAAUUGAAUCAGAUUGUUAGUGUUUGGAUGCAAUGGAAGUUAAUUUCCUGGAUACACCUGCCAUAGCUGCAUGGGAAAAAAUAAGACACUUACCAAAUUCGUUUAUUGGAAUAAUAUUACAGCAUUUAAUGCUUCAAGACUUGUAGUAUUACCUUAAUUACUUAAACCCUAUUAGCAGAAGAUUGCUUUGACUCGUUUGGUUUUCAUUUCUCACUCUAAAAGAAAGAAGAAAGCCUUGCUUGCCUGCUUCAUUCCUUGCUAAUUGAAAGCUAGACUUACACGUCUGCUUAUGAAAACUUAAGUAAUUGAAGGAAUAUUACGUCUUGAAACAUUUAAUGCCAUUAUGCAUCCUGUAGACAAGUUUGGUAGGCUUAUUACAUUUUUCCAUGCAGCUAUGGCAAACUUCCUGGAAAACUUCCGUUUGCCUCCAAAUACUAAUUGAUUGAUUCUGUUUAAGUAUGCCAACGAAGGAUAUUCAAGUAUUGUCAUUUAGCAAUAAGUAGUAAAACAAAUUAGAAGAGUUUAUUCUGAAUGCACAACUGCCAAGGUAAUAUAUGGAAGGAAACAGAGGUGUGACCAAUCCGGGAAUGAGAGUUGGAUACCUUUGCGUACUAGCGUAGGCUUCAAAGCCCUAUAAAUAAGGUGCAUUUGUCCUCCAAAUUUCACAAGCAAUUCCCUAAGACUUCUUAUUCAUUGCUUUUCUAGUAGUUUCUCAAUGGCAGGAUCGUCAAGCAAGGGCCGCCGAAGGACUCAAAUGUGGAUGAUUCCUGGAGCAGAUGCUCGGCAGGUUGCUUUCUCCAAACGUCGAUCUGGCCUCUUCAAGAAGGCCAGGGAACUCUGCACCUUAUGUGCUGUUGAGACUGCCCUUGUCGUUUUCUCUCCCGGUGGCAAGGCCUUCUCCUUUGGCCAUCCUGGUGUUGACACUAUUAUGAACAGGCUUCCCAACUUGAGUAAGCCAGAUCUGGAAGCAAUCCAGUGCACUGAGGCUGAGUAUGAGGCCUCUCUGCGUGAGCUUAACAAAGAAUACUCUGAUAUUACGGAAAAACUGAACGCUGAAAAACUUCGAGGUGAGAGACUCAAACAGAUGAGGAUGGAGAGCCAAAGCCAGGGCCAAAGCUUGGUGGAAAGACCAGUUGAUGAACUUAACUUGGAGGAGCUCUUGACACUGAAAUCAAUGCUGGAGGAGUUUAAGGUGAAACUGAGGAAGCGCAUGCAGGAACUUUCAGUCGAGGCUGCUGCUUCAACUUCUAUAUUGGCUGGAGAAAGUGAUGCUUCCCUCGGUGGAACCACCGAGGGUAAUUCUUCUGCUGAUCCUCAUGACCAUGAUGUUGGUCAUGCAAAUUAAUUUUACCCCAAUCAGUCAGUUGGGAGAGGGUGUGUCUAGGGUGUCUUGGCAAAGGUGCUUCAAUUUAUGUGAACUGAUCUUAGUCAAUCCUCUCUGUUUUGUCUGUUGGGAUGAGGAAUGGAAACCGAAUAAAUUGAAAAUCAAUAAUAAUAAACUGGUUUCUUC